CUAGGGUUUGAAUGAGCGGAGAGAGCGUCACAUCUUCCUCUCCCACAGUGGGUUCUCCAGAUUUAUCCAUACUCCUUCAAUCCUGUGUUUUUCUCCUUGAUUAUAUUACACAUGCAGCCAUUGAUCAUUUGAAUUGCUCUUCCGCUGUCCGAAUCCAGUGGCAGCAUAGAUUCUGGGAUGAUAAAGGAAGAGGAAAAGGAUGGGGCUUCAGGUGGAAGUUGGAGAACAUACUCGCGUUCAGUGUCAUGGACUGAACGCCCGCCAAGAGCCUCUAGUUCAUCUACUACUUCUAGGCCACAAUGGAACAGCAAAGCGCGUUCUUGUUUGCCUCCACUUCAGCAUCUUUCUAUCGUCCGCCCGAGCUUUGAGGAAUGGCCUAGAGCUGGUUCUGAUGAUCUUGGCGAAUGGUCUAAUAAUCCUCCUACGCCUGGUGGGAUGCCUCGUGGAUCAGUGACUCCUCGUGAGAGCUCGAAUUCUGACCAACCUCCUAGAGAAUUUGAGUUUAGGAAGGACAAGCUUGCCUUCUUCAAUAAGGAAUGUUCGAGGAUUCUUGAUCACAUCUACUUAGGGAGUGAUGCAAUUGCCAAGAAUUGUGAGAUCCUACGCCAGAAUGGGAUUACCCAUGUGCUCAACUCUGUGGGGUUUGUUUGCCCGGAGUAUUUCAAGAAUGAGCUUGUCUACAAGACACUUUGGUUGCAAGACUGCCCAUCGGAGGAUAUCACAAGUAUUCUCUAUGAUGUGUUUGAUUAUUUUGAGGAUGUUCAUGAACAACGUGGACGUGUCUUUGUUCACUGUUGCAAGGGGGUAUCGCGGUCUACGUCAUUGGUGAUUGCUUAUCUCAUGUGGAAGGAGGGACAGAGCUUUGAUGAUGCAUUCCAGCACGUUAAAGAAGCCAGAGGUGUGACUAAUCCAAAUUUGGGAUUUGCCUGUCAACUUCUGCAGUUCCAGAAGCGUGUGCACGCACUGCCUGCAAGCCCAACUUCUCUUCUUAGAAUGUACCGAAUGGCACCACACUCGCCAUAUGAUCCCCUUCACCUUGUGCCUAAAAUGUUGUCUGAACCAGCUGCAGAUAAGCUCGACACUCGUGGAGCAUUUGUUAUUCAAAUUCCUUCAGCUUUAUUUGUCUGGACUGGGAAGCACUGCCCUGCGAUGAUGUCAUAUAAUGUCAGGGCAACUACCUCACAAGUUAUCCGCUAUGAGAAGGCCCAGGGUCCAGUGGUAACUAUAAAAGAAGGUGAAGAGACGCUUGAAUUUUGGGAUGCCUUCACUUACAGGAAGAAUUCGAAAGAUGGAUGUGAUGCAAAGUCCGAGGAGGUAAAGAGCUUGUCUUCAGGGUCUCACUUAGUGACUGAGUUAAUUCAUCCUUGUCCUGAUCAAAGGAAACUGGCUGAGUAUGAUUUAGAUUUUGAAAUCUUUAAUGGAGCACUGUCUGGUGGGGUGGUACCGCCGUUAUCAGGAUCAGAAACAGAGACAUGUCUUCCUGCCAGAGAGACUGGUUGGAGCAGAUUCAGAGGAAAAUUUGCUAAUGGUGUUGUCAAAGAACUUAUGACCUCAUCUAAGUUCUUUUCUUGUAAAUUUGCAAAACCGGUAUGUGAAGGGAUGCUGACAGUGGACAUGUGUAAAGAAGCGGAUAACUUUGUCUCAACUGCCAAUCCUUCAACAUCUACCGGUGAUCAGUGUGAUUCAAUGGAUUCACUUUCUUCAUAUGUAACAAGGAGUCCACCAUGCAGUAAGAAUAUCUUGACAGAAGUGGCAUGUCCAGCCCCUCUUUCUGAUUGUUCACUGUCACGAUCACGAUCAUCACCAUUCUGCUUGGUGGAAUCUUUUUCGUCUUUUCAUGUCAGUAAAACAAAGUCCAGUUCCAUCUCAACAUCUCUCUCACCUUCAACAUCUAAUCAUGCAAGUUCAUGUACCUCUUCCCAUUCAUCGUCUAAUUGGUCUGACUUUUCACAUGUGUCUGCUCAGCCAUCACUGAAUGGACUUGAAUGCAGUGACUUUGAUCCUAGAAAGAGUCCCCUUUCAGAGGACAUCAUUGGGUUUGCUGAUGCUGAAAGUACGUAUUUAGUUGAUAAUGCAACUUCACCCCCUGAAAAAGAGGCAAAUUCUGCUAACCUUGUCUUGAAAGUGGAAGGUUCAAGUCCUACCUGUAAAGAAUGGUUUUAGCACAUAUGCGUGAAUGUGAAGAUAGUAAUUCCAUUGUGGAAUUGCUAGAUCGUAAUCUUCUCAUUCAGUAGGGUUUUAGCACAUAUGCUCGAAUUAAGAUAGUCAAGGAAGGCGAGGAACCAGUGGAGCUCCUUGAGCAUGUGAGUCGCCUCUCACUAAACAAGUAUGCAGAUGACAACAGGAUAUAGUAGUUCAGGAGAAACAGAUAGAAUCCCUUUUAUUUUUGGACUUACUUGCAGCAGCUCGAAGGAGUUGUGCGAUGGCAUCCCAAAGCAGGCCAAGGUGUUGCUGAUUCUGCUUGUGAGAUGAAACGUGAUAAUCUUGUUUGAAAUUUAGAAAAGAAUGUACAGGAAAUAAUCUUCUGAAUUUUAAGUUUAGGAAUUACUACAAGAAAAGUGUUCAAAUUUGCUCUACAUUAUCAGCACCAAAGGUGUUACUUUUCCAAGUUACACUAAUGCUGCAGUUCAGUUGUAUCUUUUCCCAGUCCUCAUUAUUGCCUCAAAUCUAUAUUUGGCUCAUGUGAGAUAAAACUAUUAUUUACAUCAAUAUGAUGUUAGUGAAGUAAAAAAGGGAUAAAAGCAUUUCUCCAA